AUGAAGAUACUGAAAGAGAAUGCAGGGCUUCUUACAAAUUUUGAAGUACUGGAUUUCCUACGUUCUAGAGGGGCUGCAAAAGAUCCCACAAAGGUGCUUGCUCCCCUAAAACCUUCAGAAUUCAAGGUUUAUGACCACCUAGAGAAGACUGUGGCUCCCAGUCAAACACGAGAAAGCAUUGUUGAGUUUGUGACAAAAUGUAAACCUUACAAGCUUUCAAACCCUGAGAUGACAAGUGUCAUCAACAUUAGGCCGACUUGUGAAGUGGAAAUCGACCCCCUGAUAGAGGGUCUUGAGACACGCCUUGGUGAAAAUGUGGCUGAAUUGGUGGAGUUGAUUAAGCAAGUGUUUCCCCCUUCUCCUGAUGAAAGUACAUCUGAUGAAUGA